UACUCUCGCGAUAACUGAGCGCGGACGCGCGCUUGAGAGCGAGCAGCAGUGAUGGCGGACGCGGAGCUGGCGCUAGAUCUGACUGACAACAAGCAAGAAGAAUCAGGCGAUUCUCAGGCUGACGAAGGAGAACCGGAGCCCCAGCAGACACAGGAGAACACAAAUGGCGUUAAAACCGACGCCGAGGAGAAGCCGGAGCCCAAAGAGAAGAGCUCCGGGGGCCGAAAGUCGCACCGCUACCAUCCCUACAAAGAGCGUCACGGCGGCGGCAGUGGAGACAAGAAGGCCGCCCACAGGAACCGGGUGUUCAUUAGCAAUAUCCCUUAUGAUAUGAAGUGGCAGGCAAUUAAAGAUCUAAUGCGCGAGAAAGUUGGUGAGGUUACAUACGUGGAACUCUUUAAGGAUGGAGAAGGAAAGUCAAGGGGCUGUGGUGUGGUUGAGUUCAAAGAUGAAGAGUUUGUGAAGAAAGCCAUUGAAGUCAUGAGCAAACAUGAUCUGAACGGACGACCGCUGAACAUUAAGGAGGAUCCGGACGGCGAUCAUGCGCGGCGUGUCCUGCAGAGAUCAGGCCGGAUGUACGGAGGGGGUCGAGGGCAGGACGGCGGCCCAUCCGGGAUGAACGUCCCUCCCUCCAUCGCCAACAACCCCAACAUCCCUCCUGAGAUCAUCAGCGCGCUGCAGGCCGGACGUCUGGGAACCACUGUGUUUGUGGCCAACCUGGACUUUAAGGUGGGCUGGAAGAAGCUGAAGGAGGUGUUCGGCAUGGCGGGGACGGUGAGGAGGGCGGACGUGAAAGAAGACAAAGACGGGAAGAGCCGAGGGAUGGGGACGGUCACCUUUGAGCAGCCGCUGGAGGCCGUUCAAGCCAUCUCCAUGUUCAACGGUCAGAUGCUGUUUGACAGACAGAUGCAUGUGAAAAUGGAUGAUAAAUCACUUCCUCCAGAUGACGUCCGGCCAGCAGAGAAACCGCCACAGUUACCCAGAGGUCUGGGCGGCAUCGGCAUGGGUUUGGGUCCCGGCGGGCAGCCAAUCAAUGCCAACCGUCUCAGUGGAGGGGGCGUGGCCUCCAUGGGACCUGGAGGGAUGGACGGGCCGGGAUGCAGCAGCAUGAACCGCAUGAGUGGGAUGGGCGGAGGGUUUUCCGGCAUGGACUGCAUGGGAGGAAUGGGAGGAUUUGGUGGCAGAGACAUGGGACCCAUGGGCCGAAUGGGAGAUAUGUAUCGCUCUGGAAUGGCAGGGAUGGACAGAGACUUCGGCAGAAGUGACCUGGGAAUGAGCCGCCCGUUCGGAGACUCGUUUGGAGGUGGAGGAUAUGCAGGAAUGGGGAAUGCUGGGAUGGGACCCAUGGGCUCUGGAUUAGGAGGAGGAGGAGGAAUGAUGAAUAUGGGAAUGGACCGCAUGAAUUCUGGCUUUGACCGAAUGGCCGGAAACAUGGACAUGGGGCGUGGCUUCGGCCAGUACGGAGGAGGCUCAGGUCACAUGGGUGGAAUGAGUGACAGGGGGGCAGGGUCAAAGGGUGGAUGCCAGAUCUUUGUGAGAAACCUCUCCUAUGAUCUGACCUGGCAGAAGCUCAAGGAGAAGUUCAGUCACUGCGGUCAGGUGAUGUAUGCUGAAAUAAAGAUGGAGAACGGUAAAUCCAAAGGAUGCGGGACGGUGCGCUUCGACUCUCCCGAGAGCGCUGAGAAAGCCUGCAGAAUGAUGAACGGAACCAAGAUCAACGGACGAGAGGUUGAUGUUCGCAUCGACCGCAACGCUUGAAUCACUCUCACACGUCACCGCCCGCCUCUGUUUUGUUUUAAAAACAUCAUGACCGUCAUAUCUGAACAAUCUCACCAGCCGCUUCAACCUUUUAAUGUGUUAGUGCCCGCUUUUUUCUUUCUUUUCUUUUUUUUUUGUAAUCAUUAGUGGGGCGUUUGUCUCUGACUAAAUUUUAAAAAAUAAAAAGCCGGCUGUUGUAAA